AUGUCUGGACGUGGAAAAGGAGGUAAAGGUCUCGGAAAAGGGGGUGCCAAGCGUCACCGAAAGAUUCUUCGUGAUAACAUCCAAGGUAUUACCAAGCCCGCCAUACGUCGUCUUGCUCGCCGUGGCGGUGUCAAGCGAAUCUCUGGUCUCAUCUAUGAAGAAACCCGAGGUGUUCUAAAAGUCUUCUUGGAGAACGUUAUCCGUGACGCUGUAACGUACACCGAGCACGCCAAGAGAAAGACUGUGACAGCCAUGGAUGUAGUCUACGCUCUCAAACGCCAGGGACGUACACUUUACGGAUUUGGCGGUUAG